AUGCCAGCCACGGAAGUUCACCACGCGUCCCUGAAUGCCACAUUCAAAGGCAUUGAACGAAAUGUUGGAGGUGUACCGGUUCAUCAAUUUUUGGGAAUCAAGUAUGCCAGUGUGCCGGCGCGUUUUGAAAGAGCCAAGCCAGUUGACAGUUUCGGGGGAGCUGUUGUAGAUGCUACAAAAUAUGGCCCACGUUGUCCCCAAGCGGAUGUGGAUGUUCGUCAUCUUCUCCGAAUUCCCGAGGACUUUUUCAUUGCCCCAGAGGCUGAAGAUGAAUUCGAAUGCUUGAAUUUGGAGAUCACUUGCCCCCCGGUUUCAUCGACUACUGGUCCUUUGCCCGUGCUUGUCUGGAUCCACGGUGGUUCUCAGAUUGUGACAUUCUGCUCAGCUGCAUCCAAGAUAUGUGAUGCAACAAAGAUUGUUGCGGACUCUGUACAAUCAGGAAAGCCUAUCAUUUUCGUGUCCAUCAAUUAUCGACUCAAUAUUUUCAGCUUCGGCGAUGGUAAAGAGAAGAAUCUUGCCUUGAAGGAUCAGCGGAUUGGGCUCGAUUGGGUGCGCAAUAACAUUGCCUCCUUCGGUGGUGAUCCUAACAAUAUUACCCUCUCCGGAGAAAGUGCGGGGGCCAUCUAUACCCAUGCGCACCUGAUCACCGGGCCCCCAGUUAAGCGGGCUGUGAUGGCAUCUGGAACCCUUUACCUGUCAUCUCCAUUGCCCGUCGAGAGGGGGGACGGACUGAUCAAAGUGUUGGAAUCUAAGGUCCAGGAGCUGGGCCAGUCCUCCCUGCGAUCAUCCUCAGUCCCCGUGUUGGUUCAGGCAUUGAAGGAGUGCAAUGUGAACACCAUGUGGAUUCAAGAAGAGCCCGAAUUGGAUAAUUGGGAAACGAAACCUGAACAAGUGGAUGAAGUUAUGAUCGGUGAUACAGAGUACGAGUCCGUGAUCUGGCGCAAUGGUGUCGAGCUUUUGGAUGGCGAGACCAUUGCUGCUGCCUUUAACCAAAACCAAGAAUGGGGAAUGAAGCUUCGCAAGAUGUAUCAGGUUGUGGCUGAUCGACCCACUGCAGCUAAGUUGGGUGCAUUGGAUAUUGUCAAUGAUGCGCGAUACACCCUCCCCGUUGAAGUCGUUUCGGAAAAGCUUCGGGCUGCCAAGAAGAGGGUUUACAACUAUGUCAUCGACCAGCCUAAUCCCUGGCAGCCAUCGAGCCGUGCUCACCAUGCGGUGGAUCUACUGCUUCUGUUUGAGGGUAUUGAUCUUGCCUUUAAUCCCAGCGCACAGACCGUGGGACGGGAGAUGCGACAACGCUGGAUUGACUUUGUGUCUGGCCAAGCCCCGUGGUCUGAUGAGAAACGAUUUGCGUAUGGACCUCUUGGAGAGUGUAAAGAAAUUAACGAUGCGCAAUUUGCGGCUCGUCGACGAACCGAGCACUGUCAGGUGCUUCGACAAGCUGGUGGGGGCGUAUACAUGCCCAUUUUGGGUGCACUCACUGCCGGCCGGAUUAGCCUCCUUAAUUAG